AUGAUGCUUGAAAGGAGCCAUCCCACAUCAGUGGAGACUUGGCCAACUACCGAAAAAGCUGCGUCAGAAAAACUCAGUGAGAUUGUCAUUGAUUCUUCUGACGAUGAAGAACCAGCAGAAGGGAACGAUUUUCCCACAAGCAGCAAAGCAUCAACAGCAAGUGCGCCACCCGACACGCAUCCAAUGCCGCCGCCACCAAUGUCGGACCAAGUAGUCGAAACCUGCUCGUCACUUCGAUUCCGCAUAGAAGAGGGCCGACAACAGCUUAACAACUCAUUCUCGCAGAACUGCUAUUCGAAACUGGACGCGGAAACUGAAGCUGAGUACAAAAUACCUCCCAACCGUUACAAAAGUACUGAAUAUGCAUGCUCAUCUUAUGAGUAA